CAAAAAAUGGACUUCGCACUAAUCUUUAUCCUCUCUUCUCUCUUUCUUUUUAUCUCCACCAAAAUCUUGCUCACAAGAUCCAAACGAAAACUUAACCUGCCUCCGUCUCCGGCGAUCUCUUUGCCGUUAAUAGGCCACCUCCACCUUCUCAAGCCACCGCUCCACCGCUCAUUCCGUUCCCUCUCUAAAACCAUAGGAAAUGCUCCAAUCUUCCAGCUACGGCUUGGAAACCGCCUUGUUUAUGUCAUCUCCUCACGCUCCAUGGCUGAAGAGUGUUUCACUGGUAACGACGUCGUUCUUGCGAAUCGUCCCAAGUUCAUCGUGAGCAAAUAUGUCGGCUACAACGCCACCCAUUUAAUCGCGGCAUCUUACGGCGACCACUGGAGGAAUCUCCGACGCAUAGCGGCCGUAGAGCUUUUCUCGACUCAGAGACUUAAUGCGUUUUUAUAUAUCCGUAAGGACGAGAUCCAACGCCUCAUCUCACGUCUUUCCCGAGACUCCUUACACGGUUUUGUGGAGGUGGAGAUGAAAUCACCAUUAGCCAAUUUGGCAUCCAACAACAUCAUCAGAAUGGCGGCCGGGAAGCGAUACUACGGUGAGGAAAAUGACGAAGCUAAAUUCGUAAGGAAACUUGUGGCCGAGGUGGUGACCAGCGCCGGUGCUGGUAACCCAGCUGAUUAUCUUUCGAUUGUUCGUUGGUUCACCAAUUAUGAAAAGCGAAUAAAGAACUUGGGGAAUCGGUUUGAUGCGUUUUUACAAAGAAUUGUCGACGAGAAACGUGCAGAUAAAGAAAAAGGUGAAACUAUGAUCGACCGCUUGCUUUCUCUCCAAGAAACACAACCGGAUUACUAUACAGAUGACAUCAUCAAAGGACUCAUACUCACUCUGACAAUUGGAGGGACAGAUACCUCAGCGGUGACACUCGAAUGGGCCUUGUCAAAUUUAUUGAACCAUCCAGAAGUACUAAAAAAAGCGAGAGCUGAAAUAGAUGACAAGAUCGGUUUUGACCGGUUAGUAGACGAACCGGACAUAGUCAAUCUCCCUUAUCUCCAAAACAUUGUGUCGGAAACACUACGUUUGUAUCCUGCGGUUCCGCUACUACUACCUCAUGUGUCCUCGGAUGAUUGUAAAGUAGCGGGAUACGAUGUCCCUCGUGGUACGAUGGUGUUGACUAACGUGUGGGCUAUGCAUAGAGAUCCGAAGUUAUGGGAAGAUCCGGAGCUAUUUAAGCUGGAGAGAUUUGAAAAAGAAGGGGAGGCUGAGAAGCUAUUGCCAUUUGGGAUGGGACGAAGAGCUUGUCUUGGAGCUGGACUUGCUCAACGGUUAGUGAGCUUGGUUCUUGCAACUUUGGUUCAAUGUUUCGAGUGGGAAAGGGUGGGUGAGGAACUUGUGGACAUGACUGAAGACAAAGGAGUCACGUUGCCUAAACUAGUGCCGUUGCGAACCAUGUGCAAAUCACGUCCCAUUGUUGGUAAACUGAUAUAA